AUCACACACAGACCUGCAGCCAUGCCUGCAGCAGAGAAAGUAAUUAGAUUACUGACGGAGACAGAAUGACAGCACAACUGCAGCUCUUCAUCACCCUACUGCUUCACUUUGGAGCAGGAAUCAGUGAUGGAAUCGUUCUCCAUCGCAGAGCUGGAGAUGACGUCGUCUUACCGCCUGACUUUGAUUCACAUUACCCAUGUUCUGAUGUUGACUGGCUUCUUUACAAUCCAUAUAUAAAUUUCAUCGUUAGUAAUGGAAGUAUUGUGAAGACGUCGCCUGGAGCUGACAAGAUCAGUUUGAGCAGUAACUGCUCUCUGAUCAUCAACAACAUCACUGCUGAAAAUGCUGGUCUUUACAACUGUAGGGUUAGAAAAACUGUUGGUCCCACAUCUAUGUUUCUGAAUGUUUUAACAGUCUCUCCGUAUCAACCACAUGGGGAUCCAGGAAGGGAUGAAGAUGUGACAUUACGCUGUUCUCUGAAUAAAUACCUUUAUGGCUGUGAGAAGAACAGCAUCAUCUGGCUGGAUGAGACAGGAACUGUGCUGGUUGGUGAAGGUGAUGGGUUUGUGUCUGGAGGACAGGAGAGCUGUGUUCAUUAUCUGAUUGUGAAAUAUCAGAAAGGCUCCAAGAGAAGAUUCACCUGCCGGGUUGUUGAUGGAUGGAGAGUGAAGAUAGAGUCUGAAUACACGCUGGACUUUACAGAUUCCAGUCCGAUCGAUACCGUAUUGAUAAUUGAAUGGGUGUUUGGGGGGCUGAUGGUGGUUCUGGUCAUCAUCGCUAUGUUUCCCAUCAUUUACAGGAUGAAAGUUAAAAUGAACAAUCCCAAUAAUCAAACAGAUGUUCAUUUGCCAUGCAGCAGUAGUGAACAGGGAUGAAGAUGAUGGUGAUGUGGUGAACUAUGAAGACGAUGAAGCCCUGCCUGCUUCUGUCCGAUCAACAGAUCAAUAAAUAAGCUGUAAACCUCUAGUUAGUUUUCAAUAAACCCUAACUAAACUAUACUAACAAUAAAUCUAGUUAGAGUUAGUAAACAUCUAUUUAGUUUGUGUGUGUGAUGGAAACAUGUGAUCUGGGUAGCAGUCGUGGCGGGGUGCCUCGACGACCCAAUCCCUGUACCAAAACCCUCUCAGUGGGACAUGGAAUGUCACCUUGCUGGCGGGGAAGGAGCCGGAGCUUGUGCAGGAGGUUGAGAGAUACCGGCUAGAGAUAGUCAGGCUCACCUCCACACAUAGCUUGGGCUCUGGAACCAGCUCCUUGAAAGGGGCUGGACCCUCCACUACUCUGGAGUUGCCCGGGGUGAGAGGCGGCGGGCUGGUGUGGGCUUGUUUAUAGCCCCUCAGCUCAGUCACCAUGUGUUGGAGUUCACCCCGGUGAACGAGAGGGUCGUUUCCCUGCGUCUUUUAGUCGGGAAAAGGUCUCUCACUGUUGUUUGUGCCUAUGGGCCGAACAGCAGUGCAGAGUACCCGGACUUUUAGGAAUCCCUGGGAGGAGUACUGGAUAGUGCUCCAACUGGGGACUCCAUUGUUCUACUGGGGGACUUCAACGCUCACUUGGGCAAUGACAGUGAUACCUGGAGACAUUGCAUGGAGGAAGGGGACAGUACCGCUGGAGUGGCAAACCGUGGUGGUGCCUCUUUUUAAAAAGGGGGACCGGAGAGUGUGUUCCAACUACCAACUAUAGGGUGAUCACACUUCUCAGCCUUCCCGGGAAAGUCUACGCCAGGGUACCGGAGAGGAGAAUACGGCCGAUAGUUGAACCUCGUAUUCAGGAAGAAAACGGUUUUUGCAGGGUGCUCGAGGGUUCAUGGGAAUUUGCCCAACCAGUCUACAUGUGCUUUGUGGAACUGGAGAAGGCAUUUGACCGUGUCCCUCGUGCCAUUCUGUGGGGGGUGCUGAGUGAGUAUGGAGUCCGGGGCCCUCUAUUAAGGGCUGUCUGGUCUCUGUAUGAUCGGAGUAGGAGUCUGGUUCGCAUUGCCGGCAGUAGAUCAGACUUGUCACCCCGUGCAUGUUGGACUCCGGCAAGGCUGCCCUUUGUCACCGGCCCUGUUCAUAAUUUUGAUGGACAGAAUUUCUAGGCAUAGCCAGGGGCCGGAGGGGAUCCGGUUUGGGAACCACAGGAUUUCGUCUCUGCUUUUUGCAGAUGACGUUGUCCUGUUGGCUUCAUCGGACCGGGACCUUCAGCAUGUGCUGGGGUGUGACGCGGCAGGGAUGAGAAUCAGCACCUCCAAAACCGAGGCCAUGGUUCUCCAUCGGGAAUGGGUGGCGUGCCUUCUCCGGGUGGGUGGAGAAGUCCUGCCUCAGGUGGAGGAGUUCAAUUAUCUCGGGGUCUUGUUCACGAGUAAGGGAAAGAUGGAGCGGGAGAUUGACAGAGGAUCGACGUAGCGUCCGCAGUUAUGCGGUCGAUGUACCGGACCGUCGUGGUGAAGAAGGAGCUGAGUCGAAAGGCGACACUCUUGAUUUACCGGUCAAUCUACGCACCUACCCUCACCUAUGGUCAAGAUCACGGAUACAAGCGGCCGAGAUGAGUUUCCUCCGCAGGGUGGCUGGACGCUCCCUCAGCUGAGGUGGCUUGGGCAUCUGUACCGGAUCCUCCUGGACGCCUCCCUAGGGAGGAGUUCCAGGUAUGUCCCACUGGGGGGAGACCCCGGGGAAGACCCAGGACAUGCUGGAGAGACUAUGUCUCUCGGCUGGCCUGGGAACGCCUCGGACUCCCCUCGGAAGAGCUGGAGGAAGUGUCUGGGGUGUAGUAAGUCUAGGCAUCUCUGUUGAGACUGCUGCCCCCACGACCCGGGAACGGAUAAGCGGCUGACGAUGGAUGGAUGGAUGGAUGGGUGAUCGAAACAUUAGCGUUAGCCUGGCUACAGAGCAGCAGACGGAUGUUUUGUCUCUGAAAGCUCAGCUCUGGCGUCACCGGGGGCCUGUUUAUGAGAAUCCUAGUGUUUAGUCUUCAUCAUUUUGUAAUCUUCAAAAAUACUAUGCAGCUUUUACUCGGUGCCACUCCUUUAUCGAGGCGCCUGAUGGAUGUUUGACCCACUUGCUAACGAUGUAUUAAAUCUCCUAAACUGGGAUCAACUCUCACGUCUUUAUUCCUGAUAUUCUCAUGCAUAUAUUAAUCAUGUUUGUAAAAUAGCAUUUUUCCAUCUCUUGUAAUAUCACAAAGAUUAGGAACAUCCUCUCUCAGAGUGUUGCGUGUUCUGACCUAGUUGGAACCACAUUUUAGUUAAAUAUUUAGCCACUAGGGGGCACUUGUCUUAUUUAUGAGCCUCAUGGUCUGUUUUGUACCACGUAGGCCGCCAUCUUGGUUUUUCUUUAUUGACAGUGAGUGAUUGUAGAGCUGAGCAGGCAGGGGAUCACAUCCAUCCUUUUUUGGGGAAUCAGUUAAAGGAGCAUGAGGCUCCUUUAAGAAAUGAGACUCAUUAGCGCCACCUUCGCCACGACGGCCGUCGGGGGUACUGCAGCCAACAGUGAAGCCGGCACGGGAGAACGCGCAUGCAGCGUCAUUUGACGUCACAUCCGCAGGACAGCGCGGGAAAUUCGGGCCCGGAAUUGCAGCACAUUUUGCAGCACACAGCCUGUUCAAGGCAACGGAGAGAUACGCUAAAGGGCUCAUUCGUUUUGGUUUGGAACGCUUCAUCUGACAUUAUUACUAAAAAACGUAAAACUUUUACAACUUUUUUUCAUAAAUCCUGCCUCAAUCCUGCCUCAUGGUCCUUUAAUGAAGGCAUUGUCUGUAAGUACGGUUUUAAAAUACAUAUAUUAUAUUGACCAGGACUCCCUGGCAGAAGAGAUAUUUUAUCUCAAUGGGACUUUCCUGGAUAAAUAAAGGAUAAAUCAAAUAAAAUAAAAUAUUGAAGUUACAUUUGUUUCAAUCUGAACUUGUAUUUUGUUUCUUGCUGUUCAUCAGUUGUAGUUCAGUCAACUAAAAUUAUUUGUAGUGCUCUGUCAACUAUAUUGCAGCUUUAUAUUUGUAGCCUCACGUGCUUUAUACCUUUAAGGUACCGUGA